AUGCCGGCACCUCGGCCGUAUCCGCUCGACCCACACGCGCUCCUGGCAUGCAUCGUCCUGUGCAGCGUCGUCCUCGCCGCCGUGGUGUGCGAUCCGGUGCCCGUCCUCGUGUCGCUGCUCGGCAGCCUGGGCCUGCUCCUCGUCCUCGUCCCCGACGCUCUACUCCCGCACCUCCCGCAGAUCAGCAUCACGCUGCGCCCCUCUGCCGCCUCGACACCACCAUCGCAGGCGGGACAGGGACAGGGGGAGUGCGACUGUGAGAGAUGCAGACAGGCGGCGGUCGACGAGCGCCUAAAGCAGCGUACCCGACAACGGCGUGAGCUGAAACGGGAGCAGGCGGCCAAGAAGACGUUGGAGCUGUACGAGCAGAGAAAGAGGAGAGACGAGAUUGACAAACGCGUCAGGGCACUCACCAAGGCAAAGGUUGAACGAGAGUUGCAGAGGAGGGACGAGAGGGCCUCCAAGGCCCAGGCGGGCGGAUGGAAGCUCGGCCCCUUUCCGCCACCACCCGACCUGAUCGCUGCGGGAGGAGGCGGUCAGAACGUACCCAUCCUCGUCGCUCCGCACCCCGACCAAGCCAACGCGUCCCCCGACGUACAGCCUUCGGCAUCGCCCCACCACCAUCACCAUCGGCACUGCUGCCCAGCACACCAGGACAUCGACCCCGCCGCCGCCGCGUCCGCUGCCGUGUUUGACGAUCCAAAGAUCAAGGUCAAAUUCUGGAUGGACCCGGACAAACACGUCGUGCGCUACCGCGGCGAGAAGAUCCCCUGA